UUACCAGAGGCUGACGCUUGUUGUGUCAAUACUGCAGGUCAUCCUGGUACAAGAAGGUGGCACAUCUAGUGUCAGUACUGCAGGUCAUCCUGGUACAAGAAGGUGGUACUUGUAGUGUCAGUACUGCAGGUCAUCCUGGUACAAGAAGGUGGUACUUGUAGUGUCAGUACUGCAGGUCAUCCUGGUACAAGAAGGUGGCACAUCUAGUGUCAGUACUGCAGGUCAUCCUGGUACAAGAAGGUGGUACUUGUAGUGUCAGUACUGCAGGUCAUCCUGGUACAAGGUGGUACUUGUAGUGUCACGACUGCAGGUCAUCUUGGAGCAAGAAGGUGGUAUUUGUAGUGUCAGUACUGCAGGUCAUCCUGGUACAAGAAGGUGACACUUGUAGUGUGAAUACUGCAGGUCAUCCUGGUACAAGAAGGUGGUACUUGUAGUGUCAAUACUGCAGGUCAUCCUGGUACAAGAAGGUGGUACUUGUAGUGUCAAUACUGCAGGUCAUCCUGGUACAAGGUGACACUUGUAGUGUGAAUACUGCAGGUCAUCCUGGUACAAGAAGGUGGUACUUGUAGUGUCAAUACUGCAGGUCAUCCUGGUACAAGGUGACACUUGUAGUGUGAAUACUGCAGGUCAUCCUGGUACAAGAAGGUGGUACUUGUAGUGUCAAUACUGCAGGUCAUCCUGGUACAAGAAGGUGACACUUGUAGUGUGAAUACUGCAGGUCAUCCUGGUACAAGAAGGUGGUACUUGUAGUGUCAAUACUGCAGGUCAUCCUGGUACAAGGUGACACUUGUAGUGUGAAUACUGCAGGUCAUCCUGGUACAAGAAGGUGGUACUUGUAGUGUCAAUACUGCAGGUCAUCCUGGUACAAGAAGGUGACACUUGUAGUGUGAAUACUGCAGGUCAUCCUGGUACAAGAAGGUGGUACUUGUAGUGUCAAUACUGCAGGUCAUCCUGGUACAAGAAGGUGACACUUGUAGUGUGAAUACUGCAGGUCAUCCUGGUACAAGAAGGUGGUACUUGUAGUGUCAAUACUGCAGGUCAUCCUGGUACAAGGUGACACUUGUAGUGUGAAUACUGCAGGUCAUCCUGGUACAAGAAGGUGGUACUUGUAGUGUCAAUACUGCAGGUCAUCCUGUACAAGAAGGUGACACUUGUAGUGUGAAUACUGCAGGUCAUCCUGGUACAAGAAGGUGGUACUUGUAGUGUCAAUACUGCAGGUCAUCCUGGUACAAGAAGGUGACACUUGUAGUGUGAAUACUGCAGGUCAUCCUGGUACAAGAAGGUGGCACUUGUAGUGUCAAUACUUCAGGUCAUCCUGGUACAAGAAGGUGGCACUUGUAGUGUCAUACUGCAGGUCAUCCUGGUACAGGAAGGUGGUACUUGUAGUGUCAGUACUGCAGGUCAUCCUGGUACAGGAAGGUGGUACUUGUAGUGUCAGUACUGCAGGUCAUCCUGGUACAGGAAGGUGGUACUUGUAGUGUCAGUACUGCAGGUCAUCCUGGUACAGGAAGGUGACACUUGUAGUGUGAAUACUGCAGGUCAUCCUGGUACAGGAAGGUGGUACUUGUACUACCAACAUCAGUGUCAAGAAGCUCCUGUAAGUUCUGCAAAUACUAUAAUGUAUUUAUAGUGACAACACUGUUUAUGAUGUUUAUACAGUGACAAUUCUGAUUAUGAUGUUUAUACAGUGACAACAGUGAUUAUGAUGAUUAUACAGAGACAACAAUGAUUAUGAUGUGUAUACAGUGACAACACUGAUUAUGAUGUUUAUACAGUGGCAACACUGAUUAUGUUUAUAUAGUGACAACAGUGAUUAUAAUGUUUAUACAGUGAUAGCACUGUUUAUACAGUGACAACACUAAUUAUGAUGUUUAUACAGUGGCAACACUAAUUAUAAUGUGUGUACAGUGACAACACUGAUUAUAAAGUUUAUACAGUGACAACACUAAUUAUGUUUAUACAGUGACAACACUAAUUAUGAUGUUUGUACAGUGACAACACUAAUUAUGAUGUUUGUAUAGUGACAACACUCUCAGUGUAAUUCAGUUACACACUAACAACAGUGUUAAUAGUGAUAACACUGUAAAAAUAGCUUAGGUAAUACAACACUUACACUGUCAAGAACACUAUCAUAUGGUUCAUGUGUCAUAAAUAUCUGCUAGUGUUAUCCUUCCUAUUCUUGAGACACUAUUUCCCCUACAGGAUUACUGCUUGGUAUUCUUAAAAUAAUAGAAUAAUACAAGAAUAUUAGUUUUCUCUGUAAUAAAAUAUUCUCAAAUAUCCCCUGGUUAAACAAUUUAAAUGUGUGAGAACUUAUAGUUCACUAUGUCUAAAAUACCUGAAAAACAAUGUGUUGAGGCAACACAAUGUACAGUUGUUCAUGUAGGAGACCAAUUAUAUCAACAUUCACACUCAUCACUAAAACAAUCUUCACAACAACUUCAGUGUGGAUGUCAGACCAAGUGUAAUAUAGACAAAAAAAUCUUUCAGUGUUCAGUGUGUCUAAAAGAGUUUUCUAAAAACUGUUACUAUCUACGGCACUUGAGAACUCAUCCUGGGGAGAAGUCAUAUCAGUGUUCAGAAUGUCUGAAAGACUUUUCUAGAAAACCAUAUUUAAUAAGUCACAUGAGAACUCAUACUGGAGAGAAGCCAUAUCAGUGUUCAGAAUGUCUGAAAGACUUUUCUAGAAAAUCACAUUUAGUAAAUCACAUGAGAACUCACACUGGAGAGAAGCCAUAUCAGUGUUCAGAAUGUCUGAAAGACUUUUCUAGAAAAUCACAUUUAGUAAAUCACAUGAGAACUCACACUGGAGAGAAGCCAUAUCAGUGUUCAGAAUGUCUGAAAGACUUUUAUCACAAAGAAGAUUUAGAAAGACACAUAAGAAUUCAUACUGGAGAGAAGCCAUAUCAGUGUUCAGAAUGUCUGAAAGAUUUUUCUAGAAAAUCACAUUUAGUAAAUCACAUGAGAACUCACACUGGAGAGAAGCCAUAUCAGUGUUCAGAAUGUCUGAAAGAAUUUUCUAGAAAAUCGUAUUUAGUAAGUCACAUUAGAACUCAUACUGGAGAGAAGCCAUAUCAGUGUUCAGUAUGUCUGAAAAAAUUUUAUCACAAAGAAAAUUUAGAAAGACACAUAAGAAUUCAUACUGGAGAGAAGCCAUAUCAGUGUUCAAUAUGUCUGAAAGAUUUUUCUAGAAAAUCUCAUUUAAUAAGUCACAAGAGAACUCAUAUUAUAGGAAAGUCAUAUCAGUGUUCAGUAUGUCAAAAGGACUUUUCCAGCAAAAGUGGUUUAGAAGGACACUUGAGAAUUCAUACUGGAGAGAAUCCAUUUAAGUGUUCAGAAUGUCUGAAAGACUUUUCUCAAAAAGCAGGGUUGAUAAUUCACAUGAGAAUUCAUACUGGAGAGAAGCCAUUUAAGUGUUCAGAAUGUCUGAAAGACUUUUCUAGAAAACCAUAUUUAAUAAGUCACAUGAGAACUCAUACUGGAGAGAAGCCUUAUCAGUGUUCAGAAUGUCUGAAAGACUUUUAUCACAAAGUAGAUUUAGAAAAGCAUGUAAGAAUUCAUACUGGAGAGAAGCCAUAUCAGUGUUCAGAAUGUCUGAAAGACUUUUCUAGAAAAUCACAUUUAGUAAAUCACAUGAGAACUCAUACUGGAGAGAAGCCAUAUCAGUGUUCAGAAUGUCUGAAAGAAUUUUCUAGAAAAUCGUAUUUAGUAAGUCACAUUAGAACUCAUACUGGAGAGAAGCCAUAUCAGUGUUCAGUAUGUCUGAAAAAUUUUCAUCACAAAGAAAAUUUAGAAAGGCAUAUAAGAACUCAUACUGGAGAGAAGCCAUAUCAGUGUUCAGAGUGUCAGAGAGACUUUUCUAGAAAAUCAUAUUUAGUAAAUCACGUGAGAACUCAUACUGGAGAGAAGCCAUAUCAAUGUUCAGAAUGUCUGAAAGACUUUUCUAUAAAAUCAUGUUUAGCAAGUCACAUGAGAAUUCAUACUGGAGAGAAGCCAUAUCAGUGUUCAGUAUGUCUGAAAGAUUUUUCUAGAAAAUCUCAUUUAGUAAGUCACAAGAGAACUCAUAUUAUAGGAAAGUCACAUCAGUGUUCAGUAUGUCAGAAAGACUUUUCCAGCAAAAGUGGUUUAGAAGGACACUUGAGAAUUCAUACUGGAGAGAAUCCAUAUCAAUGUUCAGAAUGUCUGAAAGACUUUUCUCAAAAAGCAGGGUUGGUAAUUCACAUGAGAAUUCAUACUGGAGAGAAGCCAUUUAAGUGUUCAGAAUGUCUGAAAGAUUUUUCCAGCAAAAGACAUUUAAAAAUACACACAAGAAUUCAUACUGGAGAGAAGCCAUAUCAGUGUUCAGAAUGUCUGAAAAGCUUUUCUAAGAAAUCACAUUUAACAAGACACAUGAGAACUCAUACUGAGGAGAGGCCGUAUCAGUGUUCAGAAUGUAUGAAAGACUUUACUAAAAGAUUUCAGUUAGAAAGUCACAUGAGAAGUCAUACUAGAGAGAAUGCUUUGCCAGAAGUGAUGUCAUGUUUCAUGCACUAAUAUUUCUUCCUCUACCAACACUGAUAUUAAAGUAGGGAAGUAUUUUUGGGUCUGCUUGAAAGCAGAUGAUAGUGGGAGCAUAUUACAUACCAGACGACAGAAACAAUAACAAACUAACAUUGUUUUGGAGAAAUUUUAAGCCAUGGCAUCAGCAAAACAG